UGCCUGCCGGAGUGGGACCUGGAGCUGCCGGCAACGCUUGGAGGGCAGGAGCAGAACUCAGAGCGUAGGUCUUGUCCUCUGCCCUUCGACAGCUCCCAGCCGGAGGGUGCCGGGCAGCUGCCCGGGUUAGGGGCCAUAGCAGAGGGAAGAAGACCAGCACCCCAAAUCCUUUUAUCCCGGGGGCAGCCAGCAUGGGCUGUACCCAGGCUCUAACUUCAGCUGCCUCUGGUGGCCCACAUGGGCACAAAGUCUAUUUUUAGCUUUGACACAGAAGGCCAGCCACCAAGCACAGGGGUGGCCAGGGUUUUUCAAGGGCUGUUGGGGCAGAAGGGAGGAGUGGGAGAAACCAGUCCAGUUUCCUUCCACAUCCCCCUUGGCCACCCUCAGUCACCCACCCCCAUGAACUCAAACUAGUUCUCCAGGGUCUGGCAGACAGCCUGCCUCUGGGUCAAGGGCAAGGUCAAGGGGUGCAGCCCUGAGCGCAGAUGGACGUGGUCUUGUGGUCCGGACAAGGGUUGCAUCAGCACAUGUCGUGGCCCAGGGCAGAGGGCCCUGAUGAGAGAGAGGGCAAAGGCUGGCUAGGUUGUAGGAAGGCAGAGAGAACAGGGCAAGUUCAGAAAGCCAGAGCCUCCCUGGGCCUCCCACGAGGGGUCAGUCCCACAGGUGGCCAAUGAUAACGCCAGCUGGUCGAACUUAGGCAGGGAGCCUGCUUCCGAUGGGCCACAGUCUCCCCAUUGGCACUCACUUGCUACGCUGAAGUUCCUAACUUCCAUUUAGCUCUGGAUGUGGGCAGCCACAUGCCGCUGUGGAGAAGAAAGUACUUCUGGCUGGCACUGUCAGCCUUCUGGCUCCUCCUCAUCGUCCUGGGAGUCUUUCCUCUUCGCCUGGCAGUGCCACCCAGUCCUCUACCAGGGCGCUCCCAAGGCUGGCCCCGCUGGCUGGAUGCUGCCUUCCUACAGAGCUUCUCCCAGUCUGAGACGCACCCAGAAGAUGUCCCACAGCUUCCUCGUGCCCCCCGGGGGAGCAGCUGCACCUGGGGAACCUGCUUUGACAUCUCCAAAUGCAAGGGAAAUGUCCUGAAGAUCUUUGUGCACUCCCUGGCUGGUCCGACCACUGAGGCUCAUCGAAGGAUCCUGGACUCCUUGGAAGGCUCCGGUUACUAUGCACCCAGUCCAACAGAGGCUUGCCUCUUCCUCCUCCUCCCCAGCCAGGACCGUAGAGGAGCUUGCGGGCCUCUGCCUCCGAACUGGAACGGAGGCCGGAACCAUCUGGUCCUCAGUCUCUACCCAGCCCCCUGCACCAGGCUGGGGCAAGCGAUGGUGGCCGAAGCCAGCCCCUCCUCUGACAUCUUCCGAUCAGGCUUUGAUGUAGCGCUUCCAGGUCUCCCUGAAGCUCACCCACUGCAAGGUGGGGCUCCUGGGCAGCUGCAGCAGUUUAGUCCCCAGCCUGGGGCCACCUUACUGGCAGUAGCAGAGGAAAGGGGCAGGUGGCGCACCACAGGCACCCAAGCCUCAGCCUGCCUCUGGGACAGGCACUGUGAGCAAGACCCUGGACCCCAUCAGACCGACCCAGGAGAAACCCUGCCCAAUGCCACCUUCUGCCUCAUCCCUGGCCACCGUUCUGCCACCUCCUGCUUCCUCCAAGCCCUUCAGGCCGGCUGUAUCCCUGUGCUCCUCAGCCCCCGCUGGGAGCUGCCUUUCUCUGAAGUCAUCGACUGGACCAAGGCAGCCAUCAUUGCUGAUGAGAGGCUCCCACUGCAGGUCCUCGCUGCCCUCCGUGAAAUGCUCCCUUCGCGGGUUCUCGCUCUGCGCCAGCAGACCCAGUUUCUGUGGACCGCUUACUUCUCCUCAGUGGAAAAAGUCAUCCGUACCACCCUAGAGAUCAUUCAGGACCGGAUCUGGGGUGCAUCAGCUCGCCCCUCACCGAUGUGGAACAGCCCCCCGGGGGCACUCCUGGCUCUGCCUACUUUUUCCAGGAGCCUGCAAGACUUCCCCUUUUAUCACCUGCAACAGGGCUCCAAGCCCGAGAGCCAUUUCAGCGCCCUGAUCUGGGUGGAGGCCUCUGGAGAGCCCUUGCUGAAGCUCGUACAGGAGGUAGCAGGCUCCAGGCACUGUGCCCAGAUCCUGAUCCUCUGGAGCAGUGAGAGGCCACCGCCUGAGAGGUGGCCCGAGACAGCGGUACCCCUGACAGUCAUUAAGGGGCACAGGAAGGUGAGUGACCGAUUCUUCCCACACAGCAACAUCAGCACCAACGUCAUCCUCAGCCUCGAUGCACACAGCACUCUUUCUACCAGUGAGGUGGAUUUUGCCUUUGUGGUGUGGCAGAGUUUUCCUGAGCGGAUCGUGGGCUUUCUGACAUGGAGUCACUUCUGGGAUGAGACCCGGGGUGGCUGGGGCUACAGUACUGAGAUGGCCAAUGAAUUCUCCAUGGUCCUCACCAAGGCUGCCUUCUACCACAGGUAUUACCAUACCCUCUUCACCCACUCCCUGCCUAAGGAUCUGAGGGCUAUAGCAGAUGAGAGUCCCGCCUGUGUGGACGUCCUGAUGAACUUCCUGGUAGCAACUGUCACCAAGCUGCCCCCUAUCAAGGUGCCUUACAGCAGGCCGCGCCAGAGGGCUCCUCCACUGGCUGCUGGGGACCCAGGUCCUGGACCAGAGACUCAGCCCCCGGCUCAGGACUGCAUCAACCGUGUGGCAGCAGGGUUCGGCCACAUGCCUCUGGUUUCCUCUCGAGUGCGUCUGGACCCGGUGCUGUUUAAGGACCCGGUGUCUGUGCAACGCAAGAAGUACCGCAGUUUAGAGAAACCCUAGGCGAGGCGUUG